AUGUUCACGACGACACGACUACUCGAAGAACAGGAUCGCUUGAAAGACUAUCCCUUUCCCACCAUGGACACUGUCGAGCCUUCCUCUUCCGCGAGUGAUUCUCCUCCCUACCGGUCGAGGAGCCUCCGCUCGCAUUCGCAGCAGUCUUCUGUGUCCCCCCCGCCACGCCCUAGCCGCAGUCGCGUCGACCGCGAUCGCGAUCGCGAGCGGGAGUACCUGGGCAGCCGGUCGAAGCUGUUUUCGCGUCUGAUCUCCCGGGAGGAGCGCGACGCGAGCCGUCUACGUUCUGUCUUGGUGCGUACUACCGAUCGGCUUGAGGAAGAGACUAGACGUGCGGACGAGGCUGAACGCCGGGUGCUCGAUACCCUCCACAAGCUUCGUGCUGCGCGCGAAGAGACGAUGAUCGCCCAGGCUAGUGCAGCCCGUGCCAACGAGGAGCUCAGGUUGUAUAGAUCACGUUUGGAUGAGGCCCAGCGAGAAAUACAUCGGGGGCAGCAAAUAAUUGAUGACCUAGAACAGGCAAGGGUGGAUGCUGAAGCGGAGGCGGCGAGAGCGAGGACUAUAGCCAGGAGGUUUAGAGAAGAGCAUCUUGUUGCCAAGGCGCUGGAGGAAGGUAGAAGACAAGGAUAUCAAGAAGGCUUUUCCCGUGGGAAGGACCUUGCCAGCUAUGAGAAGCGGACGAGUGAGAGAGCUGAUCAGAGACGAUAUACCCGACAGAAGCCCAUUGAGUCAAUCUCAGAGGAGGAUGACGUUGAAGACGAUGGGCAGUAUUCUCGCAGGUCUUUAAUUGUCGCCCCAGUGGCUCGUACACCUAUGCAGCCAUCUUGGCAAGCCCCGUCCCGACAAUCAAGCAGCCGAGCUUCGCGACGCAGUCCUCCUCGUCUCUCAGAUAUUGCUCCUAUUACUUCAUCAACUCCAGUUCGUUCAGUAAUAACACCUCUGCGCACCCCUUCUCCUUCGCGUGUACAUCUCAAGACACCAGACCCCACUCCCAUACCGGAUCCUAGCGUCACGCAGCCCCGAAGAGAUACACCAAUUACUCCCAUUCCAAUGAAUCAGCCACCACCCUCUCCAGUUCACCCUGACUACGACAUACCGCCAGAUAACUGGAUCCCCUACCUCAAUGAACAGACCGGGAUGUUCAUUCCACCUCCACAUGAGCUGAGCAGGCCGGUAUCUCCUCACUCCCCCAGCCCCUCCCUCCCUGAUCCUGCUGAUCCCCCACGGGCAGCAGCUGUUGAGCAGCCUGUUCGUGCCCGAGACUAUGCCUAUUCUCAACCUGUCGAACGCCUUCCAGUGAGUCUCCCGGGUCACCAUACAACUAUGUCACCACAGUCCAGGACAUCUACGAAUAUAUCCCAAUACGACAUCGUCAACGCGCGGGGUGAGGGAGCUGCAGGCGGCCACAGAAAUCCCCAUGAAGCCCUUGCAGGGCUGCACCAAGUGAUCGAUGCCUCUAUGGCAUUUAACCCGGGGGUUGAGCGGUCGAAGACACCUGCGACCGCGCGGGAGGAUCGACAGGCUUCGCCGCGUGGUUCACGGCAUAGAGAAGACGGAAGGGCCAGGACGCCUGGACCGUCACCGGGUGGAUCCCGAGAUAGAGAUGCUAACGAAAAUCAGGGCUCAAGGAGCCCCCUAGAAAGGCUGUUCAAGCUACGAUAUCGCAAUAGACGAUCACCAGGCAGCAGUGGUGUUCCGGAUAUCUUUGUGGAGUCUCCUUCAACGGGACCUAGUGCUUCGACAUCACACGUCGGGCAGACUGCUGGUCAGGAGGGCUUCUUGAGCCCUGAAUAUACCCCUCGACCAUUGUCGGCGCCCGAAGACAUUGCCGUCCGUGACAGCACACCCGCCGAUCAGAGACCUCUGCCUCCACUCCCCGAAAUUGGGCUUACGUCCGCGGACAUGGCGUUCCCACUCGAUCAGCUCCCGCCUGGUUUCUUGGCGACUAGCUUUACACCUCAAGUUAAGCCGUCGGAUAUCCCUGCCCAGUACGAGCCUGAAAUCACCAGUACGCCGCACCACCAGAGACCCCCGCGCACGCCUAGGUCGCUUUAUGCGGAGGCACCCGUUCCGGCCGAUGUCGUGUAUCCGGACCCCCCAGGCAAGAUCCGGUCGCCCCACACAGGCGCCGCGCGUCCACUCACACCGUCCGCAACGCCGUCUAGCCCGCCAGCCCGCAGCGGAAGCGGAAGCCAGUCCGGCGUGCUGUCUCCUCUGUCCCUCCGGCUGGGCUCCCCUCUCAGGCUAUGA